AAAGAGAGCGAGGGAAGAAGACACAGACGGGCAACGUCUCCAAGGCAUGAGGACUAACAUUGACUGUUUUCUCUCCCCCUCCAGAAACAAGUGGCUGACGACCGGCAGACCUUGCACGAUCACCCACAACAACACUUCUCCCACACCCUGGAGCACAACACAGAAGAGGAGCACCCAGGAGUUUGGACUUUUCCCCACUGGCGAUGAGGAAACGAUCGCACUUCAGUCGGAACUGGAGGCUGUGGAGAAGCAGAUCCAGGAUCUACUAGAGAAGCAGACACGGCUGCGAGAACGUAAAACGGCGCUGGAAAAAUCCAGAGCUGACGCUCGCAAAUCCGCGGUAAGUUUUCAUCGCGAUUUUAAUACUCCUUCCACUUCUACUCCGCGUGUUUCUCUGCACAGAGCCCAGGCUUCGAGAACACGGUCAGCCCAAAUGAACUUCACUCCUGCACCGGCACACCCACGGCGAAAGGCGCGAGCCAGGACUAGAGCGAUGACCCAACCGCCGCCACCGGUCUUCGAGAUCCUGACCAGGAACCGCUUUGCCGCCCUCUGCGAGACGGAAUGCAACGCUGUGGUCAUCGGAGACUCAAUCGUCCGGAAAGUACGCGCUUCCUCCACUAAAGGUAAGGUGCGCACUCAUUGUUUUCCUGGCGCCCGUGUUCUUGAUGUCUCUGCGCAGGUACCUGCGAUCCUGAAGGACGAUGCUAAUGUCGGAGCUGUCGUGCUGCACGCGGGGGUGAAUGACAUCAGGAUGCAGCAGUCAGAGAUCCUGAAGAGGGACUUCAGGAGUCUGAUCGAGACGGUACGCAACGCAUCGCCCACAGCGAGGAUCAUCGUAUCAGGGCCGCUUCCUACCUACCGACGAGGGAAUGAAAAGUUCAGUAGACUAUUUGCUCUAAAUAAAUGGUUGAUGUCAUGGUGUAUUGAACAGAAGCUGCUCUUUGUUGAUCAUUUUGAUCUGUUCUGGGAGCGACCUAGGCUCUUCCGCCCUGACGGCCUGCACCCCAGCAGCAUCGGAGCGGAACUUCUGUCUGACAACAUUUCAAAGACGCUACGCACCGCUUGACUACGUCUCCCAGCGGUAAGUCAAAACUUUAACCAUAGUCUGUGUUCCUCCCACUCAUCUGUUAGAAAUGUUACUGCUUCCAAAUGCAUAGAGACUGUGUCUGUCCCCCGAAUAAUACUACAAAAUAACAAAAUAGCCAAAUCUCAGAGAAAAAAUCUAAUCGUGAUUAAACCCGAGGACAAUGUAAUAAACGACCAAAACAAACUCAUAAAGUUCGGCCUACUUAAUAUUAGAUCACUAAAUUCAAAAGCAGUUAUUGUAAAUGAAAUGAUCACAGACAACAGUUUUGAUAUACUUUGCCUUACCGAAACCUGGCUUAAACCAAAUGAUUAUUAUGGUCUAAAUGAGUGUACCCCACCAAGCUACUGUUAUAUGCAUGAGCCACGUCCGGUUGGUCGAGGUGGUGGUGUCGCAACAAUCUUUAGAGACUUACUUACUGUAACUCAGAGAACGGAGCAUAAAUUUAAACCAUUGGAAGUGCUUGCGUUGAACAUAAUUGUUCCAAUUGAUAGUAAAAAAUCCUUGCUUUCUUGUAUGUUGGCUACUGUGUAUAGACACCCUGGUCCCUACACUGAUUUUCUGAAAGAGUUUGCAGACUUCCUAUCGGACCUAUUGGUUAACGUUGAUAAAGUACUAAUUGUCGGAGACUUUAAUAUCCACGUAGAUAGUGCUAACGAUGCAUUAGCAGUGGCGUUUACAGAGCUAUUACACUCUUUUGGAGUAACACAACACAUCAAUGGACCCACUCAUCGAUUUAAUCAUACACUAGACUUGAUUAUAUCUCACGGAGCCGAUCUAACCAAUAUAGAUAGUAUACCUCAAAGCGACGAUGUCACUGAUCACUAUCUUAUUACAUGUACACUGCGCACUGCAGAAAUCAGCCAAUUAACUCGUUAUCGACAGGGUAGAACAAUUACCUCGACUACUAAAGAUAGUUUAGCAAAGAGCUUGCCAGAUCUGACUACAUUAAUAACCAUACCAAUAAAUACAGAAUCGCUCAAUGACAUGACCAGCAAAUUGGGCACUAAUUUCUCUAAUACAUUAGAUGCUGUCGCACCUAUGAAGUCAAAAAAGAUUAAUGAGAAAAACAUAGCACCAUGGUACAAUAGCACCACUCGCGCCCUUAAAAGAGAAACAAGUAAACUGGAGCGCAAAUGGAAACAAACCCAAUUAGAGGUCUUUAAAAUUGCGUGGAAAGAGAGUGCAAACUGUUAUAAAAAGGCACUAAAAGCAGCAAAGGCUGAGCACCUCCGUAACCUCAUAGAAACUAACAAAAACAAUCCAAGGUUUUUAUUUAGUAAAGUUGCUAAACUAACAAAUAAACAGACUUCACCUGACCUGGGUAUUCCGCCGCACCUUGGUAGCAAUGAUUUCAUGAAUUUUUUUACAGAUAAAAUCAAAAACAUAUGAGACAAAAUAGUAAAAACUCAACCUCCAAGUCUGUCCUAUAAAUUAGUACCAACCAUCGCCCCAAAAGAAAGGCUACAGUGUUUUUCACCUAUAAAACGGGAAGAUUUAAUUAAAUUUAUUGCAACAUCUAAACCUACAACUUGCUUAUUAGACCCCAUACCAACUAAAUUAUUAAAAGAGUUAUUACACGUUGCAAUUGAGCCCAUUUAUAACAUUAUCAACUCGUCAAUUAAUCUAGGCCAUGUCCCAGGACCCUUUAAACUGGCCGUCAUUAAGCCUCUUAUCAAGAAACCAAACUUAGACCCCAAUGAACUAGGAAACUAUAGACCGAUUUCAAAUCUCCCUUACCUGUCUAAAAUACUAGAAAAAGUAGUGGCAACUCAGUUGUGCUCUUUCUUACAAAAUAAUGACAUACACGAAAAAUUCCAGUCAGGCUUUAGACCACAUCAUAGUACUGAAACUGCGCUUGUUAAAAUUACAAACGACCUGCUUAUAGCAUCAGAUAAAGGUAACAUCUCACUCCUAGUCCUGCUUGACCUUAGUGCUGCGUUCGAUACUGUAGACCAUAAAAUACUUCUAGAUCGCUUACACAAUUAUACCGGUAUUCAGGGACAGGCACUACAAUGGUUCAGAUCGUACUUAUCAGACAGACAUCAAUUUGUCCACUUAAAUGGGGAAUCAUCAAAUCUAACGCAAGUAAAUUAUGGAUUACAUCAGGGAUCGGUUUUAGGACCCUUGCAUGCCUCCAUAUACAUGCUGCCCCUUGGAAACAUUAUUAGAAAACAUGGAAUUAGCUUCCACUGUUAUGCAGAUGAUACUCAGCUAUAUAUCUCAUCAAGACCAGAUGAUUCCUUCCAACUAUCCAAAUUGGCAGAGUGCAUCGACGAUAUAAAGCAUUUAGUGGUGCAACGGAUCAUCAUUGAUCCGUGAUCCGUUCGGAUCAAUAUCUUCGGAUCGGCACACACGUGAUCCGCGGAUUGAUUUAUGAAAAAAAAAGUUGUGCGCAUGUUCAGUCCACACACAGCGUGGUCAUGGCGAGCGGAGGAAUGGAGGAGCUUGAACGCCCCGCGUCAUUUAAAUCCCCUGUAUGGGAGCAUUUUGGCUUCCCUGUCAAAUAUAAUGAUGAAGGAAAGAGGUUAGUGGAUAAAACCGUGACGGUGUGUAGGCACUGUGGCGCAAGAAAGACAUAUGACAGUGGAAACACAUCAAGCAUGGCCACGCAUUUGAAGCGACAUCACCCCGGUGUUUCACUGACAGGAGUGAAAACGAAGGCUGCUCAACAACCGCUUAUCACCGCGGCAUUUAAGCAGCCCCUUGUUGCACAAUCAGACCGGGCUAAAGCCAUCACAAACGCUAUCGGUGUGUUUAUAGGUGCCGACA